UAUGUACUUACAUUAACGAGCCCUCGCGUGCGAGGUCGCAUCUGCAAUCGAUACGAGCAGUGAGUAGUGACCACGUCAGCGGUCGCUACCACGCGUGCAUACACCCACACCGUGGCGCGGUGGCAGCUCGUCGAUAUCUUUACAUUAUAGCUUCCCAUAAGUUCAAUGGCACAAUUGAAAAAUCAUUUGUUAUAGGUAACUUACAAUAAUAUUAUUAUUUAUGUAUUCUAUACACAUUGAAUCAAUACAUGGUUCGUCAUAGUCAUCAAUGAAGCGUGGCGUUGCAUGAGCGAGUCGGCGCGGCGGUGGCAGGAUGGCGCUGCGCGGCGAGCCGACGUUGACAGCGACGCUGGUAGUGCAGCGCGGCGACGUGGCGUGCGCGGCGACGUGCGGCGCGCUGCUGGCGGCGGGUGGCGGUGACGGCGCGCUGCGGCUGUGGCGCUGGCGCAGCGGCACGGGCUGGCUGGCGGUGGGCGAAACGCGCGCUCAUCGCUACGGCGUCACAGCGGUGCAAUUCGCGCACUCGGGCGUGCUGCUGGCUACGGCGGGCGUGGAUGGCGCAGCACGCGUGUGGGCAGCGCGCGGCACACUGCAAACGCGGCGCGUGCUGGCGGCACCGGGUGUGGCCGCCGCGCGCGCCGUGCGUUGGGCUACGGGCGAGCGCCUGUGCGUCGGCCAUGACGACGGCGCGCUGCGCGUGUGGGCGGUGCGCACUGGUGUACUGCUAGCACACGUGCGCGCACACGAGGGCGCACUGCACGCCGUGGUGGCACUCGCAGGAGCGGCUCUCUUGCUUACCGCUUGCACGGAGGGUGUUUUGAAAGUGUAUGAUUUUGAAGGUGAAUACUUCAGCAUAUUACUUCAGUUGUCGUCCGCGGGUGCAGAGGGCGGGACGGGCCCGGCGCCGCUGCUGUGGGAGGACGGCGCGCACGACCUGGGCGCGCUGUGCGGCGCGGGCUGGGCGCGCGGCGCGGCCACGGGCGGGCACGACGCGCGGGUGCGCGUGUGGCGCGUGCUUGGCGCGGGGCGCGCGCGACGUGUGGCGGCGGCGGGCACGCUGUCGGGGCACACGGCGGCGGUGACGGCGCUGAGCUGGGCGCGCGGCGUGCUCGCGUCCGCGUCGCUGGACCGCACGGCGCGCCUGUGGACGCCGGACUCCGGCGCGUGUCUGUGCGUGCUGCACGCGCAUGCACGCUAUCUCACUUGUAUCGCCCUCGUUGAUGAUUUACGAUAUAUUGUCACAGGUUCCAAUGACAGAUCGAUCCGCACGUGGUCUCUGGGCAGCUUCUCAUUGGAUGACGAUCUGGAUCCGACAUGUAUGCCCCUCGACCAUUUCGGUCUGGGCGAUCUCGAGGGCAUCGGGCCAGUGGACGACGAGGCGGCGGCGGGCGGUGCGGAGAGCACGCCGGGCACGGUGCUGGAGCCGCAGCGCGUGCACCGGGUACUGCACCCCGCUGCCGUCAACUGCGUCGUCGCCUCGGGGGACCGGCUGGCCACCGCCUGUUUCAGCGACGGGCGGGUGCGAGUGUUUGGCUGGCAGACGGCGGAUGGGAUGCUGGUGCUGCAGCAUGAGCUGCUCGCGCACGCGUACCCCGCGCUGGCCGUAGACUUCGACGCGAGCGGAACCGUGCUGCUGAGUGGAGGGCUAGAUGGCUGUGCCAGGUUAUGGGACGUGGAGUCAGGCUGUGCGCUGGCGGCGCUGUCGGUGGCAGGGCUGGGCGCGCCGGACGGCGGCGGCGGGGGCGGGGUGAGGGGCGCGCGCUGCUCGCCACUGCUGCUGCUGCUGGCUAGUGACGACGGGGUGGCGGCCGUGUGGGGUGUGGACCCCGUCACCCCGGAUCCUUUGCACGUAUACCCGGCGCUGUCUGCGGCGGCGACGUGUUGCGCGUGGGCGCGUGGAGCUCGCGCAUGCGCAUGUGGUGGCGCAGCAGGCGAGCUGUUGCUGUUGGCCGCGCCACCGCGCCCCGCUGUGCUGGCCUCGUGCACCGACGCGCACGAUCUUGGCGAGUUGCAUUCGAAUAAUACGAGAAUACAAAAUUAUGGUGCAGGUGUGCUUAGCUGUGACUUCAACCCUAGCGUGGAGAAACGUGACGAGGACGAGGGAAGUGAAUCAUAUUUACUGGCGACGGGUGGACAGGACGCGCUGGUGAAGCUUUGGUGGGCAGUCGUGGAUGAUAAUGAUGGGCAGUUAACGGAAGCGCACUCCCUGGCGGCGCACGAAGGUGCUGUACAAUGCGUGCGCUGGAGUAGUGCCGGGGACGUGCUGGCCACUGGUGGUAAUGACCGCUGGGCACGCGUGUGGAGCGUGGAAGUGAAUAAAGACCAAUUAGAAGUGCGUGCAUUGUUCGCCGUACCUACAGACGUUGGCGGUGCGCUCGCCGUGUGCCUGUUCGGGGACUCUGUUGCCCCCUUCCUAACUGUGGGUUCGCAGUCAGGCUCGCUGACCCUGUGGCAGCUUCCAACAGACACUGAGCUAGAUAGAACCGAAGGUGCUGAGCCCCGCGUUUGGGGGACGGCUGGAGUGACACGGUGGCUGCGCGAGUAUGUCACCAGACCGCCAGGCACCUUCAUAUCUGAGGCGGAGGAAACCCGGCUGUUGGACUCGGCGCGUUCAGCCGCGUUAUCGGGUGCGGAGCUGCUGGAUACACCGUUGCAAGAGCUGCUGCAAGUCUUUACUUAUGGAUCUGAGGAUGAGGAAACGAUAAAAGCAGAUGGAAAAGAUGCAAUCCUGGAGCGAUUACGGGAUGAAAUCCUGUGGCUCCGCCGGGACGCUCUGCCCGAUGAGCUGGAGAGUGCAGCGCCGCACGCGCUGCGUUGUCCGCUGUCACACCGCGUGAUGCGCGAGCCGGCGCGUGCAGCGGAUGGGUUCACGUAUGAUCGACAGAGCUUCCUGCAUUGGCGGCUAGCGAGUGGCAGCGAGGAGCUGGUGUCGCCGGUCACCGCGCGCCGCUUGCUCAGCGCCGCCGUGGCUCCCAACUACGGCGUCCGGGACGCGCUGCGGCAUUUCCUCAGCUGGCCACUACUGCAGCCGCAACCAACCAGCGACCAACACUGCGACCAGUGACAUACUUGUUCUUCUUCUUCUCAUAAUAUAUGGCUUUUCUCAGUGCCACAACAGCACAAUGUACUUUGCCAGUCUCAAGUAGCUUGAAGGAGA